AUGCAGUUUCACGUACAGCUUGAGAAGUAUGUAUGCAUCGAAGACACUUGCUUCGGAAAUAUCCCUGACGGCAGCAGCCGCUACUAUGUUUCAAAUUAUGAACUUCUUAAUGGCCUUGUCCUUGGGUACACAGCGGGCGCUGCUCGUGCAGCAAAUAGGCUGAUACCUGACAUUAAUGUGGAGCAAGGCCAGAAUAUACUGGAAAUCUUACAUAACUGUUUUGAAGAAAAAAGUUCUGUCAAUGAUUUUAACACAGAUUCUACAACAUCGGAGUCUUCAACACCCAAAAUAAAAGCUGCUUUUAUUCAGUCACCAAGCAAGGAAUGUCAGAAGUCUCAUGCAGAGUCACUUCCAGUUUCCUCAAAGAAAAAAAAAGACUGUUUGCGGCUCAUUGAAGAACCAAAUGAAGAUGUCAACCAAGCAGUUCAGGCCCAUGAAAUUCACCAGAAAAUUCUGACAACUGAUGUUGAUUUUGAAAAUACAGAUGACUUGGAAGUUGUGUCAAAUAGAAAACAAAAUGAUCAUCAGAAUGAAGCUCAGGAAGAAUUUUACUUAUCUGUUGGCCCCUCUUCUGUUGUUUUGGAUGCAGAGACAUCUUUAUCGCAGAAUGCUGUUCUGUCGAUUGCCCAAAAGAGUGAUGCUUAUACUUUGGAAAAUUCUGUAAAUAUGCCGUCUUCAAGUAAAGAGAUUUCUUUUAAAACCAAGAAAAGGUUAAACUUUGAAGGUAAAAAUGUGUUGAAAAAAAUAGAAAUAGAGGAUAAAGUAUCAGAAGGACCACAAAAGAGGAGGCCAUCAGGAGCAUCUCAGAAAAGAACACAAGAUUCAGAGUAUGAAAUUCAACCCCAAGCUAAAAAGAGAUUUUCAACAUUGUUUUUAGAAACUGUGAAAAGAAAAACUGAAUCUAGUUCUGUUGUUAGGCAUGGUCCACUCCAUUCUUCUCCAAAUGAUGUGAUGUUGUUAGAGGAUGAAUUUGUAAUUGGUGAAUCUGAGAAAAGUUUUGGUGCUCGAUCUUGGCUUAAGAUACCACGAAAGGCUAAUUCUCCAAAACAAUGCACAGUAUCUCCUAUUGAGAGCAGUGUAGUCCUACAAGGAAGAAAAUCAAGAAAGAAACAUGACAAUGUAAUGGAUGAGACAUUGACAAGUGACAAAUCUUCACAUAAAGGUCACCUAGUAGAAAAAUCUCAGCUCAUUGAAAGAAAAAAACUGGAUACUUUUUGUGCUUCAGAAGAUGAAAUGGAGAAUUAUAAAUCUAUAAAAGAUGCAGUAUAUUCUGAGAAGGCAGAAAAGUCAUCAGGAAAUAAAAGAAUUAUAAAACAGAAACAGAGAAGAAGAGUUAAGACCAAUGUAGUUGAAAAACAACUUGACGUGGAACAACCUACAGAUAAAAAUAUAAAUAUGUCACUUACCGCCCAACACAAGUUACAAAAAAAUUCGGACAAAGAUAUGGAAGUGUGUGAAGAGAUGAGAAAUGAUCAUAUUUCCAAAAAACAGAUGACUCACAUGGGGCAAAAAAAAGGUAAAGCCCAUGUUCCUAAUAAAGAAAGUCAGAAAAAAGUAAAAGAAAAAUUUAUGAACAAGUGUAUUUCAAGUGGACCCCAGAAGAAGAAAGUUGUUUCUGAAGAAGUGACUGUGACUAUCACAAAAAGUCGAAGAAUUUCCAGGCGACCUUCUAACUGGUGGGAGGUAACAUCAGAGCAAAGUCCUGUUUGUAGCAGUUCUUCUUUAAGAAUAAAUGAAUUAUCAGUACAUCAAAAGAGUAGACAAAAACCUGCUGAAAAAACAAGGCAGUCAUCUAAGAAUAUUAUGGGGGAAACUGCUCUAUCUAAACAGCAGAAGACAGCUACUCAAGACAACUCAAGAGCAAAGAAGUUUUUAAAUGCUGAAGAUUCUGGAGGUAUUGUUGAGAAUGAUAAAAUUACCAGUUCCCAGAAUGAAUCAUUGGAAAGUGACACGGCAGACCUGGCUAAGAAGAAAAAUCUUGAUCAUUCUGGGGACUAUCAGAAAAACAAACCUAUCUUGGAAGAAGUACACCCAGAAUCCUGCUUUGAAGCGAUGAUGGAGAAACUUCGUCUGUGUGGACCUUCCAAGAUCCAGAAAUAUGUGUCUGGAAAGAAUAAUACUGAUGUGGGUAGAAAGAAAGCUCAGAAGAGUUCAGAUGACUCAAGAGUAAAAAGAUCUAAAGUGAUAGCAGAAAAGAAAAUACAUCACAAAUUAGUAUUACCCUCCAACUCGCCAGAUGUUCGCAGGAGCAAGAGAAUACGAUUGAAACCUUUGGAAUACUGGCGAGGAGAGAGAAUAGAUUAUACGACAAGGUUAUCAGGAGGAUUUGUGGUUGGUGGAAUACUAUCCCCAGACAGAGUGUCGCCUAAAAGGAAGACCACUAAUGGAAACAGAGGAAAAGUCAGCAAAAUAACUAAUCGGGAAAAGAGAUGUCUUGAUAAGAAUGAAAGAAAGAAUAGUUUAGUAGCAAAUCUGGAUGUGCCUCUAGGAGAUCCUUUUCAGCCAACAAGGGUAAAGGAUCCAGAAACAGACGAGUGUAUUCUAAGGGAUCUUAUAAGGCCACGAGAUACAUGUAAAUUUUUUGUUGACCAUAAAGAAUUGAGAGUGUAUAAAACAUUGGAUACACCUUUUUUUUCUACUGGAAAAUUGAUAUUAGGACCAUGUCAAGAAAAAGGAAUGCAGUAUGUUGGUGUAGAUAUAUUGGUAUUUUAUGUUGAGUUUGGUGACCUUUUAUGUACCUUACAUGAAACACCUUAUUUAAUCACUACUGGGGAUUCAUUCUAUGUUCCUUCAGGUAAUUAUUACAACAUCAUAAAUCUCCUGAAUGAGGAAUGUGUUCUUCUUUUCACACAGAUAAAAAGAUGA